AAUAAAUUUCAGCAGUACAAGGCACCAACAUCAGCGUGCUCGCUCCUGCAUCCAAGCACCUUCCAACCUUCCUGCCUUCAAACGUUCCGCACAACAGAGCCAGCCAUGGCUGACGAUGAGCAGCAUGAGGGCUACGCCACGUUUGAGGACACGGACGAUUCCAAGCCGUCCAAGCGUAGCAAAAGCAAAAACAAGAACAAGAACAAAUCCGGCGGCUUCCAGUCCAUGGGGCUGUCACGAGGAGUUUUUCGAGGCAUCAUGGACAAAGGAUACAAGGUGCCCACACCGAUUCAGCGCAAGACCAUUCCGUUGAUCAUUGGAGGUCAAGAUGUCGUGGGUAUGGCGCGAACAGGCUCCGGCAAGACAGCAGCGUUUGUCAUUCCAAUGCUUGAGAAGCUCAAAUCCCACAGCGCCAAGGUUGGCAUUCGUGCACUGGUCAUGUCCCCAACGCGCGAGCUCGCUGAGCAGACGUUCAAGUUCAUCAAGGAGUUGGGACGCCGAACCGACCUUCGCGUUGCCCUCAUCCUCGGUGGUGACAACAUGGACGACCAGUUUGGAUGGAUGCACGCCAACCCGGAUGUGAUUGUGGCCACCCCCGGUCGCUUCCUGCAUCUCCUCGUGGAGAUGGAGCUCUCGCUCAAGGCCGUGGAAUACGUCGUUUUUGACGAGGCAGACCAGCUGUUUGAAAAGGGAUUUGAGGAGCACUUGAAGGAAAUUCUCAUGCGGCUGCCGGAAGACAGACAGACCCUCCUCUUCUCAGCCACCCUCCCAAAGAAACUGAUUGAGUUUGCGCGGGCCGGUCUGAAGCAGCCGACGCUCGUGCGCUUGGAUGCAGACACAAAACUCAGCGAGCAGCUCAGAACGCAAUAUGUGCAUUGCCGUCGCGCGGACAAGCCAGCAGGCCUCAUCUAUUUGCUCACGAAUGUGAUUCCACGCGGAAAGCUGACGGUUGUCUUCGUCUCCACGAAACACCUGAUCGAGUACCUCAAGGUGCUGCUGGAGGCACUGCAGAUUCCCUGCACAUACAGCUAUGGCAACCUCGACCCAACAGCGCGCAAGAUCAACAUUGCCAAGUUUCGGGCAGGGAAAGUGAAGCUUCUGCUUGUGACGGACGUUGCAGCACGUGGUAUCGACAUUCCCAUGCUCGAUUAUGUCGUCAACUACGAUUUCCCACGGCGCCCAAAGCUGUUCGUGCACCGCGUCGGUCGCGUGGCGCGCGCAGGCCGAUCUGGUACCGCGUACAGCCUCGUUGCCGUCGAUGAGGUUGCGCAUCUGAUUGACCUGCACACGUUCCUGGGGCGCCCGUUUGCCGCGGCCAUCUCAACAACGCCCGCAGACCAGGAUGGCGUCUUUGGCCGAUUCCCUCAGGCACUGAUUGAUGAGUACCGUGAGCUGGUGCACACGACGCACCGCACACACAGUGACCUCGACUCGCUCUUCCAUGUCGUCGAGAACGGCUACAAACAAUACGACAAGUCGCGCCCUGAUCCUGCACAGGCCAGCGUGAAGCGUGCAAAGCAGCUCGAGGAGGUUGGCUACCACGUGCACCCGAUGCUCCGUGACACAUCGAGCGAUGCAAUUGCGAGAGAUGACUUUAUCAAGUCCAUUCGCAACUUCCGGCCCUCGCUCACCGUGUUUGAGGUCAACAAGCACGCAAACGACUCCCUCCUCACCAUGAUGACAAAGAAGAGGGCAAAGGAUCAGUCGUAUGUCUGGGAUCGCACUGAGCGCAUGAAGGAGCUGCUGGGCGCAAAAUCGCUGACGUCGCACACACGCGAGGCGCAGCUUGAGGCGAGCACAUCCGAGGAAAUCACGUCCGCUUUCUCAAACAUCAUUGCGCCCGGGAGAAACAAGGCCGGCCUGCUUCCAGGAACAGCCGGUGCCACUGUCCUCGGAACAGCACAGCCCUCAUCUUCAUCGUCAUCGUCGUCAUCGUCAUCCAAGAGCGUGAUGUCGCAUGGGCAGCGGGUGACGGUGUCGCACUCGAGCAGUGCUGGCGAUGCAGGGGAAGAUGCGGAGGUGUACAUCCCAUACAGGCGCGGGGAUGAUGAGGAUGAGCAAGGGUACGCCAUCAACAACGGGGCGUCGUUUACGCGCGAGGCCGAGAGCGCCACGUUUGCUCUUGACGGCGACGAUAUCCAAGACAUGCACAAGUCCUCACAGCGGAAGAAAUGGGACCGCAAGAAGAAGAAGUUUGUUGGAGAGAGCAACAACACGAAAAUGAUCCGCACAGAGAGCGGGAACAAGGUGCCGGCAACAUUCAAGUCGAACCGCUACAAGGAGUGGUCUGCCAAGAACCACGUCUCAAUGCAACACGUUGGUGAAGAAGAGGAUUCGCAAACUGUGAGCAAGUUUGAGAUCAGGCGGAAAAGGCGUGGAUGGCACACGAAGACUGCUGACGAUGAGCUGAAGGCGAAGGCUGCGAAGCGCGGCGGCGAGCUGAAGCACAAGUCGCAGAUUAUCAAGGAGCGCAAGCGCAAGCAGAAGCUGCAGGACCAGAUGAAGCGGCGGGCACAGGUCAACGCAGUCCGCAAGGGCAAGAAGGCAAAGGGGAAGAAGUAACAACCACACAACUCCUUGCAUCUGUGUGUCUGUCUGUCUGUAAGUUUGGU